AGGAACUGCUUUACCAAGGCCAAAAUGUUCCUGAAGAAUUGAUUAUAAAGAUGCUUCUAAAUAAGAUUGAAUCUCCAGAGAUUAUGCAUUUUGGUUAUGUUCUCUGUGAUUUUCCAUCUCUUUCAGAGGAAUUCAUGAGUAUACCCGAACAGAUACAGAUAAUCAGAAAUUUAAAAUUAAAACCAGAUUUCCUGAUUAAUAUUAAGUGUCCUAACUAUGAUUUGUGCCAAAAAAUCACUGGACAAAGACAGCACCCUGACAUGGGACAAAUAUAUCAGAGGGAAGAGUGGGAUCCUGAUAUUAUUGAAAAGCGUAAAAAGAAGAAGAAGGAACCACGGAAACCUACAGAAGAGGAAGAGGAGGAAGAGGAGGAGGAGGAGGAAGAAGAAACCAAUGAGGCAAUAGCUGAUCAACUCAUGUUGACAGAAAUUUUGCCGAGUUUGGUACAGAGACCAGAAGAUUUUUUGGAAAAUGCACAGGAGAGAAUUGCAGUCUAUAAAGAUACUAUGCUACAACCUCUCGAGGAAUUAAUGGCUGAGCAGGAUUCCCAGUAUCUCAUUGAAUUAGAUGGAAAUAAGUCUGCAGAAGAGCUCUUUACAUCAGUAAUAAUCCGGCUCCAAUCCAUGGGCAUACGAAAUGGAGCUCUUCUCACCAAACUUCAGAGCACAGAGGAAGAAAUGUUAGAUGGGCUAGAGAAUGAUGAACUUUUUCGGGUGCUUGCAUCAUACAAGCUUGUAGCACCUCGACACAGAUGGCGUCGCAGCAGAUGGGGACGGGCCUGUCCUGUGGCUUUAAAAGGUGGCGAAAUUGUCAUGGGAUCAGCAGACUAUGCCAUUGGCUUCUUAGGCAAGAUGUACAUGCUUUCAACUGAGGAAGCACUGAAACAGUUUAUGUUGAAUCCGCGUCCCUACUUACUGCCACCUAUGCCACUUCCACCUUGUAAAGUAUUCAUAACUGGACCUCCUUUAUCUGGGAAAUCAACCCUGUGUGUUUUGGUGGCUGACCAUUAUCAUGCAAAGGUUCUUGAUAUGGAUGUUCUUCUGAAACUACAGUAUGAAGAAGCAAGAAUAGAACUUAUUGAGCAUACUCGUUAUGAAGCAAUAGAAGCAGGCAUUGCCAAAGUGAAAGAAAAACUGGAAAUGGAACGACUGUUAAAGGAACAAGCUGCUCUAGAAUCUGCUCACAAAGAUUUAGAUGAUUAUGAGGAAAGCAUUCACACUGAUGAAAGCAUUCACACUGAUGAAAGAGGUUCUCUGCAGCCUAGUGUUUCAGCAUCUGUUAGCCAAAAAGAAUCUUCAACACAGCGAACAGAAUUGGAGGUAUCUCCUGACCACCCAGAAGUCCAAGAAAUGGUACAGAAAGCCAUAGAAGCCGCAAUGUUGGCCCCAAUAAUACUGCCACCCGAAGUAUAUGCUGAUGUAUUGGAAGAAGUUGUUACAGAGCUUUAUAAAGAAAAUAAGAACAGAUAUGUUGAAGCUGCAGAAAAAGGAGGAUGGGUGGUUGAUAAUUUUCCUCCAUCAUCAGAGCACUGGGCAGCUUUGUCAGAAAAAGGACUCGUGCCUGAUAUUGUCAUCUGUUUGAAGAAUUCUAAACAAAACGGAAAGAGUCUAAUACAUAGACUGUAUCUAGCAAAUAAAGAAGAAAUUGAUGCUAAGAUUAUAAAAAGAUUAACAGAUGAAGUUUUAAAGAAAAAACAAGAGGAAGAAGAAACAAGAAGAGAACUGCAAGAAAUGUUGAGAUUGCAGGCUGAAGAAUUUGCUGAAGAGAGAGAAUCCCUGGACCUUCUAGAGCAGCCAUCUGCUUCUGAAUCAGGCCAAAUGAUACAACAUACAGAUCCUGAUAUGUCUAAAGAAAAGGAAAAAUUUGGAGAAUCAGUACCAUCUGACAGUCAACUUGAUGAAGCACAGGUGUCUAUGGAUUUCGAAGAGCAUCAAGAGUCUAAGACAAAAUCAAAAGAACACCUUGAAAUUGAAGAAAAAGUUGAGUCACUACCUGAACUGCCAGGAAGUAUUCCAUCUGAACUAGGAAUCAAGCUUCCUGAGUAUCCUGAAGAUGGCUUCCCAGAUGUCCCAGAAAUAGACCCAAUUAAAACCAAGAUUAACCAAUUCAUGAGUAACUGGCAAAAAAUGGAGGCAGCAAUAACAGAGAUGCCUUUAGUUGCAACUGCUGAAUUAGAGACUGACGGACAAACUCCAGAAAUGCUGCUUAACCAGAGUGUUCUAGCUAUGGAACAACCUUUUAAGUAUCAUGGUUGGGAAAUCUGUCCUGAAGAUGAGGAUGAAGAACAAGAAGACUUACAGACAGAAGCAUUGGCAGAAGAAGAGGAGGAGGAGGAGGAAGAUGAAGAGGAGGAGGAGGAAGAAGAGGCUCCCCCUGUAAGGAUAUGCCUCAUAGGACCACAUGGAGCAGGUAAAACAGUCUGUGCUCGAUGGUUAGCAGACAAACUAGGCAUUUUCCAUAUUCAGUUUGAAGAACGCUUACAGGAAUUGAUCAUGAUCAAAACGGGAAGGAGAAUUAGUCCAGAAGAUGAAGAUGAAGAAGAUGCCUCAGCUGUGAUGCCAGAAAUGGGAGAGUCUGUUCCAACUAUUCCUGACAGUUCAACUGAAAUUGAACUUGAGAGUGAAGAGGAUAGUAAGCGAACUCAAGAGAAAGAAACAAUGUUAACAGAUGAAGAAGAAGCAAUCAAAGCAAAUAUAUUAGAUAAUGAAUCCUUCCCUAUGGAGGUGCUUGACGGUAUUGUUCUUGAAUGGUGGAUGAAGGAACCAUUUCGAUCUACAGGUUUUGUCCUAGAUGGCUUUCCCCGAACUGGUGAAGAGACUCAGUAUUUAGCAGACCGCUUACUUUGCCCCGAUAUUGCAGUCUUUCUUGAAGCUGAUGAAGAUGACAUUUCUGAACGACUUCUUCCCACAAGGGUGCAAAAAUGGCAAGAGAAACAAGCUAAAAAAAUGGAGAGAAAGCAACAGCUGAAAGAAUUGAAGGCAACAUUAAGAGAAGAGCUGAUUGCCAAGAGAAGAGGAGAGCUUCUUGCAGAGCAAGCCAAAAAGAAAGCAGAGAUUGAAGCUGGUGAAUUCCUAGAUGAAGAGGAUGAUGAUGAAGAAGAAGAUGAUAUUGAAGCUAUUCUUGAAGAAGAGUUCCCAAAAGACGAUGAGGAGGAGGAAGAUGAGGAAGAGGAGCAGGAGGCUGAUGCAAUUGAGCGCAUGAAAAAUGAAAUUGCAGAGAGAUAUGAAGCAGAUAUUGCUAAUAUGCAAACUGUACAGGAGGAAUUUGAAAAAUUAUUGAUACCCCAAAUAACAAUUAGUUGCAAGCGAAAACCUCGCAUUGUGUGCUACCAGUUGUAUAAAAAGCUGAAGGACAUAGUAGAAACCCGGGAAAGCAUUUUUGAGAAAUGUUAUCCAAUAAGUUUGUCACUUGCACGCAAGAUGAUCGCUCUUUCCUACAAACAUCCAAGCAAUUUUGGUCAGUGGGAUCCAAUCAAGCUAAGUGAAGGAGAUGCAAUCAAACCCUUUCAAAGUGAAGAUACUCCAAGCUUUCCGGUUAUUCAUCGAAACUGUGUUUAUUUCUUUACAAGCAAGGAAAAUAGAGAAACAUUUAUGAAAAAUCCUAUUCAUUAUCUCCGCCAGCCUAAACCUAAACCCACUGUGCCAGUGAAAAUUGCAAUUGUAGGGCCUCCAAAAUCUGGGAAGACAACAGUGGCCAAAAGGUUUGCAAGUACAUAUGGAUUAAUGCGCCUUUCAAUGGGAGAUGCCAUACGUUCAGUAUUAAACAAUCAGCCCGAGACUGAAUUAGCACUUGUGCUGAAGUGGCACCUUCAUAAAGGACUGACUGCUCCUGAUGAACUUGCCGUCAGGGCUCUAGAUACUGCAUUGAUGGAUACUGCAUGUAACACUUCAGGAUUUGUAAUUGAUGGGUACCCUGUAACAAGAAAACAAGUAGGCCUCUUGGAAGACAUGAAAAUAAUUCCAGUAAAAAUAUUUGAGUUGGAUAUUGAUGUGAAAGAAGUUUUCAGAAGAGCACUGUUGGAUAAACAAAGCCCUGAAAGACCUCCUUAUCCAAUGCACGACAGCUCCCAUAUCCUUUCUGUCAAGAAUUCAUGUUACAGAGCACAAACGGAAGAAAUCAGACCUUACUAUGAGGAGCAGCACCAGAACUGGUAUGUGAUCGAUGCAUCCCAUAGCAAGUGGUGGAUCUGGGACAAAGUGCUGGAGGAAACUCAAACUCAAACCAAAAAAAUCCAGACAUAUCUGGAAAAAAUCCGACAAGGAAAAGCAUCCAGCAUUGCUGAUUUGUGUAUCAUGCCCCAAGAACUGCUAUCUCGUCUGGGAGAGUUUGGGCAAUACUGUCCUGUCAGCCUUGCAGAAAAGGGAGAGCUAGUUGAUUGUUCUGUGUCUCCUUCUCUGCAAUUUGCAGCAGAAUUUCGAGGACAUUACUACAAAAUGGCAGGGCAGGAGGAAUUGGACAAAUUCCUGGAUGCUCCAGAAUUAUAUGUUCCGCCAUUAGCACCACAUCCUCUUCCACUGCCAAAUAAGCUGCCAAAGAAACUGACUGUAGCAGAUGUGAAGGCUUUAUUCCCUAUGCAAGCCGAAAUACAAGGAUACUGUCCAGUCACUUAUCUAGAUGGGAAGCAAAGGUAUGAAGCACUAGUACCUGGGAAUAUUGAAUAUGCUGUACUUUAUCGCAAAAAGCUAUACAUUUUUGAAUGUGAAGACAAACUUCAGAAGUUUAUGAGACUUCCAGAAAAAUACUGGAAUCAGACACUUCCACAUAAACUUCCCCCAGUAAAAGAGCCAAUAUUACUGACAGCUCUUCCUUUGACUGGAUACCUUGAGCAGGGCGUGGCAACAGCUCUGAUAAAAGCAAUGAAUGAAGUAGGCUGUUUAAAGCCUAAAUUUCCAUUCCUAAGUGUGAAAAGGACUGCUCUUCUCUUCAUAGCCUACCAUUUAAAAGCAUAUAACCCUAAGAGCUCUGACUACAUACGGAAGAAGUACAAGAAUAAGUUGGAACGGUUCAUAGAUUAUUGUGAACUCAUCCCGUACCUGGGAAUCAAAAUGACACAGAAAUACAAAGAGCCUCAAAAUCGACCUAUUGACUUUGAUCACAAACUACAGACUUUUUUGUCUCUCAAAGAUGUGGACCCAAUUUCUCAUUAGU